GUACGCACGACCCCUCCCCCCCCCCCCAGUCUAGAAAUUGAUGACUCUCUCUCACGCUUAACCAACUCGCCGGUGAUUCCCAGCCACACGCCGCCGUUGGAAGCCAUCCGAGCCACGCUGCAGUUCUUGCUGUCGUUCGUGAUGCUCUGCCGCUGAGAUCUGCAAGCCACACGUGUGCGAAGUCCUUUCGUCGUUCAUCCCAGCCGCCAAUUUUAUUCGAUCGCGCUGCCGUCGGGCAGUAGUGUGUUGUCGUGAAGAGAGGGCAGCAGAAAGAUGGAUAACAAGACUCUGUACAAUGCCAGAGUUGCUAGUAGUUGGAGGAGACAUGAGCUAGGAUUUCUGAUUGUCUAUGCAUUAUUAUUUUACUUCUUUAUCAUUCGCCGUUCUCUUCAUCUUUCACAAGAACACUAUGUCAAACUUUAUGGCCUGCGUUCUGGUUGGAUCUUUCCUCCUCGUCUCAACGAUUUAUCAGAUGCCCAGUGGAGAAACUUUCGAGGAAAUCUGCCCAUUCUAACCACUGUUUUCCUUAUUUACGCUUUGGUGGCAAAUUUUUUGAGAUCCCGGUUUCUUCUAAGGGCUAAAGGAAUGUCAAUUAUCUGGCUUAUAAUUUCUUUCACUUACCUUUUGUAUCUCCAUGAAGCUUGUGUGAUAUUCAUCAUCUCAAUUGCCUCACUCAAUUUUCUUAUCGUCAAGAUUUUUGCUCGAACAAAGUUCUUUCUAUAUCUACUCUGGACUUUCAACUUAUAUUUCCUUCUUUCUAAUCGUGUAUACGAAGGUUAUUCAUUCUCAACAAUUGGACUACGGUGGUCAUACUUGGACAACUUUCGAGGAACAUUUAGGUGGCAGAUUUGCUUUAACUUUGUUGUUCUGCGCAUGAUAAGCUUUGGGUAUGAUUACCAUUGGGCAUAUGACCAUUCCCAUUUUGAUCAGAAGAAGCAUAAUCAACGUUGCGAGGUUUGUAAAUCAGGAGGAACUUGCUACCAACUUUUACAGGAGAAAGGAGUCCAAGAUGACAAAUUUACAUUUACCAUAUACCUCUGCUACUUGGUCUACGCGCCUCUUUAUCUUGCUGGGCCAAUUGUUAGCUUUAAUGCCUUUGCCUCGCAGCUAGAUGUGCCACAGAAUAACUACAAACUUAGACACUUGGCUUGGUAUGGUUUACGUUGGACUUUCAGCUUUCUCCUAAUGGAACUGAUGACGCAUCUAUUUCAUUACAAUGCCUUAGCUAUCAGUGGUUUGUGGAAACAACUAUCUCCAUUGGACGUGUUCAUUAUUGGAUAUGGGGUCUUAAAUUUCAUGUGGCUAAAGUUUUUUCUCAUAUGGCGAUACUUUCGCUUCUGGUCCCUGGUAUGCGGCAUUGAUGUCCCGGAAAAUAUGCCAAGGUGCAUCAAUAAUUGCUACAACUUAGAAGGAUUCUGGAAAAGUUGGCAUGCGUCUUACAACAAAUGGCUUGUCAGGUAUAUGUACAUUCCUCUUGGGGGAUCCAAAAGGAAAGCAUUCAAUGUCUGGAUCGUAUUCACAUUUGUUGCAAUCUGGCAUGAUUUAGAAUGGAAGCUCCUAUGGUGGGCAUGGUUGACAUGUUUAUUCUUUGUUCCUGAAAUGGUCAUGAAGUCAGCAGUGAGUACGUUCAAGCUACAAAAUCAGUAUUUACUGUACAGAAGGAUUUGGGCUAUUUCCUAAAAGAGAAAAAUAAUUCUGCUGUCACUUCAGGGAACAAGACACGGCGCAGACGUGAUGACACGCAAAUUUCUAAAAAUGUAGGAAACAUUCUUUGAGGGGGAAUGGAAUAAUCAAGUUCAAUUAAUAAUGCUUGAGGAAUUAAUUUAAGAAUAGUAUUUUGACAAUAAGGACAACAGACUAAUAAGCUCCUCUCUCUCUCUCUAUAUAUAUAUAAAUAUUCUAUGACAAAUUAACAAGGAUAAACGAAAUAACCAGGUUCAAUCAAUAAUACUUGAUGAAUCUUUGUAGAUAUGUCAUAAACGAAAUCAGCUGCAAACUGAGAGGCAGAGGCUGGAAAAACUUGCAAAGGAACACGGAUUAAGGUUGAGAAAGGAUAGAGGAGAGAGGAGAGAGGAGAGAGCAUAUUGGGGGAGGGGGUAUGUGCCGUUCCUGCUUUAUCCCUCUCCGUGCUCUCUUUUUUUCCUGUUUAAAAAAUGUGUGCAAAGGGAGGAAGGAGGAGGAAGGGAAAAUAAAAGAGAAAAGUAAGGGGCAAAAUGGAGGCACCCCCAUUGAUGGAAAAGGAAAGGUUGGGAGGAGGGAGAAAGAGGAGUGGAAAAGAAAAAGAAUGAAAAGAACAUUAAAUCUAUUAUUUUAUUUUUAAAAAACAAAGAAAUUGUUUCCUUGAUAAAAUUGGAUUGUCACAUCUGUUUUAUUAAAAAAAAAAACUGAUGGUAGGGGCCAAAUAUUGGGUUUGUAGAUUCAGAUAUUACAAUGCUAGUAAACUCAAACUUCGAGGACCUAAUCUGCAGUUUUCCUAAAAAGUCAUAUAUAUACUUCGUAUUUGUAGAUAUCUUAUGUAUAAAAAUUAUUUGAAGAAAAUAUGGCUAACCAUGUAAAUUUACUAGUAGAUAUAUUUUUAAAGUUGAAGGGGCUUACUUCCGAGCCUACAAAUUAAAUUAUUCUUUGGCAGAGACUUGAAAGAAAUGGGAAUGCGUAUUUUAUUACGUUUUGGUGUCUGAAUGAAGGUCUUUCCAUUACUAUAUUGCUUACUAUUGUCAUUGCUAGUCGGAAAAGUCGUCUGUUACCCAAGUUAUCUUGGCAGUUGAGAAUGUUUUAUUUUCCCCUAUAGUUUGAUUCUUUCAUUCUUUAUAAAAAAAUCUUGUUUCCUUCAAAUUGAAAAUGUCUUA